AUGUCCAACAACGCAGACGAGAUUCCGGCAAUUUGCAACAACUGUUUGGGCCAAAACCCGUACGUGGAGAUGACGCGAGAAAGAAACGGAGCAGAAUGUAAGCUGUGCACUCGCCCGUUCACUGUUUUCCGAUGGUCUGUUAAGAAAGGCGAACGAUCUAAAAAGACAUUAUGCUGUUUGACUUGUGCAAGAGCAAAGAAUUGCUGUCAGUCGUGCAUGUUGGAUCUGACGCUUGGAAUCGACCUGCGAACGAGAGAUCAGCUUUUGAAGCUGACAGAUCAAAGCCCUGCCCUGGAACUGACUCCGCAAAAUCAAAUGUCUAAAAUUUACGCCGCUUCUCAACUUGAAAAAAAAUACAAGGCUGCAGGGGAAGAAGCCAUCGAAACAGUGGAGGAGAAGCGGGCAGACGCACGCAAACUAAUAGAUUCGCUAUCGAAAGCUGUGCAUAACAAAAAAAGGAAACAAGAGAGCGAGCAAGAUGAAGAACAGGUCAGCAAGGAGGAACUGAUCAAACUCUGCAAACAUCUGCCGUUCAACGGCAGUUUAGAAACACCCAAAAGCAGCAAAAUCAAGUCGUUUUUCUUAUUCGGGUUUGGCGAGAAGCUUGCUGAAUACCAAGUGCGCGACUACUUUGAGGAUAUCGUCGGAGAAAAGAAGGUGGAUGCCGUUACUUUGAACCAUCGGGGCAAGUUUGGUUUCGUUGAAUUCUCUUCUAGACAGGCCGCCGAGAAGGCAGCAGAAUGCCUCAAAGAUAUGUUGCCCCAUCCAAAACUGGUCGUUGUUGCAGGGGAGCCGCUUCGACUAUGCUGGGCGGGAAAGACUACCACCCCUUCUUUUUCGACUACAGAAGUUGCACGAGUCCGCACCAUUGUGAACCGCCAAAUGAUCAAAUAUGCCACCAAAGAACAGAAGAAGAGCAGUGAGAAUCAAGUUCAGAGCCCUUCCACGAAGAGGUCUAAGACCGAGAGCACCGCCUCCUCCAAGUACACGAGUCUUCGAACGGACCUGGAAGUCUAA